AUGGUCUCUAGCGAGCCGUUGCUGCUGCCUGUGUCACUGGAGGGCGAGUUCUCCAAUAGCAUGAAGGAGAUGAUCGGCGGCUGCUGCGUGUGCUCCGACGAGAGGGGCUGGGCCGAGAACCCGCUUGUCUACUGCGACGGGCACGGCUGCAAUGUCGCAGUGCAUCAAG